AUGAUAAAAAGAGAAUCACCUAUUAAAGGGGUAUUAACAAAUGUUUAUUUAUUAAGAGAGAUUGUAAAAAGAGGUAGAUUGAAUGACCAAAUCAUCAUUCAACAAAUUAAUUCUUCAUCUAAUUCCUCGUCUUCUUCCUCUUCUUCUUCAUCUUCAUCUACAACAACACAGAAAAAAAAACUUGGUAGUAGUAAUGGUGGGACAUUGCAUUCAAUGUUGUCUGGUAACAACAACAACAAAGUUGAUAAAUGGUGUGGAUAUCUACACUAUAAAGAUAUCUAUUCGGCCGAAUGGAUAUGCAAGAAUAGAUACUUUUAUCUAUUAAAGUAUAAACUAGAGAGAAAUGAUCAUGUCAUGUUUACCAUUAAAUCGAUCGAGUAUCUGUGCGCUAGUAUUGAUAAUCUUCACUUGUUCCUUUUCUUUUACUAUCAUCCAAAUGUCAGACCAUUCUUUUAUGGCAGGUGUAUUUUGGAGCAAUGUGCAUCGAAUCAACGACUAGACUCACACUCUCAUACACGUGUCUUUAAUCUAUUGCUCAAUCAAACCGAGCCAGAACCCCUCAACGUUGGCCAUGCUCUUUCAAGUGCCAUUAAAUCUGGAUCGACCACCAUUGUCAAACUAUUACUUCAUAAUUUUCAAGAGGAAUAUCAAUCUUCAAAAAUGAUGGAUCGUCCCCUAUCAAUACCAACAACAAACAUUAAUAAUCAUUUUAAUUUUAAUCAUUUUAAAAAGAUAAAUAAUAAUAAUAAUAACGCAACUUAUAAUAAUAAUAAUAGUUUGAUAUCAUCUGAAUUAAUUUAUGAAUUAAUGAAUACUUCAAGUAUUGAUUUUAAUUUAGUUUCAGAAUAUAUGAGUAAAGAUUAUUUUAAUAUAUUAUCAAUUGGAGAUCCACAUUUAUUAAAAUCAGUUUGUAGUAGAAUAGUUGAAAAUUGUCAAAAUGGACCUACUACAUCAACCAAUCCAAAGAAUUCAUUGUAUAGACAAUACAUUGUAUUUAUAGAGACAUUGGUUCAUAUGUUGUUUGAACAAGAGAUUGAAAAGAGCGAAAAGGUUGAUAUUGACAUGGAAAAGCUGUUACAAAUGAUCACGGUAUUGGUUAAUUAUCGAAUUAUUCCUGGUCUCUCGAGUGACUGGAUGGCAAAGGAAUUACCAAGUCUUGGAAAUGACCAUUUACCAACUAUCUUUUAUUUGGUUUUGUCUAAAUCCAAUAUAUUCCAAGUCAACUUUGUAAGCAAGUGCUUUGGACUGUUGUUACGCAACACUUAUUUACCGGUAAACUCGGCCUUGAUGGAGACCAUUCUAGAUUGGUAUGGGUUCGAUGUCAUUUGCAAGUUUGGGUCCAUCACACAGAUUAGGGUGGCACAUCAGCACAUUCUAGCCACUCUCGAAGCUGAACAAACGCUCCAAGACCAUCCCUACGUCCGAGGUCUUCAGCUAAUGCCACAUACUUGGAACAAGGAGAUUGUCGAGUUUCUCGCCCAACACUAUCACGAAGUUUUCUUUAAACCCAAUCAAUUCAAUAUGGCCAUCUUUGACAACCAGAUCGAAAUGAUUGAAUUUUAUGCAAAACAAAGUAACCAAAAACUCGUCGAUCAUCUGACAUCGCUCGAAACACAGUAUGCACUAUACUGUUCGCCAUCGACACUACUCUAUCUCAACCGAAUUUGUGACGCUAUGGAGUUUAGAGGGUGUAUCGAACGUCCAUUCCCCAUCAAAGACUUGGAAACUGCUCAAAUGAUUCUUUCAAAAUCACCCUCUUACAAUUUAAUAUAUAUCAAGGUUUUGCCGACCAAUGACAAGGAAGAUCUCGUGCUGAUCCAGUUUAUUCUCGAUCAUUUAUUGUCUCCACUUAACCGAUACAAUAUCAUUGUCAAAUCAUUCAAGUUGGCGUGCAAGCAUGGAUGGAUUAAAAUGGUACAUUACCUCGCUCCCAUCUACAGUCAAGCAAUCCAGAAAUUCCAAGACAAGAGAAAAGAAGAUUAUAUGAUUGGAGCACUUUUAGACAAGGAUAUCUUUACGUCGCGCACACCAUUGGACUUGGCACUCAAAUACCAACAAUUUGAAGUGAUCGAAAUUCUACAAACAUUAAUCACCGAUCAAAAUCGAUCUUAUUUUGGCUUUUCAAAGGCUUCAUUCCAGUUGAUUGGUAAAUUGGGAUCGGUUGACUAUUUUAAUCUUGCCAUCACACUCAACGCCAAUGAAAUCAAAGUCAUCAUUUCCGAGUGUCUCAUGUUUGCAAUGAAGUAUGGUCAGCUCGAUCUCAUCACCUAUAUCCUCAACCACGAGGCCAACUACUACCAACACAUUGAUAAUAGCGAUAAAAUAUUGGCAAUCGGAAGUGACAUGAUUGCAAAAAAGGAAUUAUUUACCAUUUGUCACUUGUUGGAUCAGGCAAUUCAGGAUGGUGAUCAUUACCAUAUAUUAGAAUAUUUCUUAAACGAAUCGACCAGUCCACCAUUGGUCAAAGACCACAUUGUAUCCUCUUUCCUAAUUUAUCAAGCAAUCAAGCACGGUCAAAUCGCCUGUUGCAAAUUAUUAAUUGAUAAAUUAAAACUAUCAGAUGACGAUCUAAAAAAUUUUGGUAUUCAAAAAUUACAUUUAAAAUAUUAUUUUAAAAUCAAAUAA